ACAAAAUUUACUUCAUUGACAAAUCCACUGUGUGACAGACAGCUCGCCAAGUUAGCGGUGUUGUUUUUUGUUAUAUAUCUGCUGCUAGUGUUUACAGCCGAGCCCAUAGAGGAAUAUAGUUACCUGUUUUUAUUAUAAUGCCAGCGAGGAGUUGCGUGAUUUAGCUGCAGUUACUUUUUAAAAGCCGCUCACAGCUGCUCUGGGGGGGCGGAGUGUCUGCAAAGUGCUGCGCCGAUUGGGGCGCUCGAUCGGGGGAAGAGAGAUGGCGUGCUUGUUGGAGGCCCCUCUCCGCAUCAGUGUGCUGUCUGAAGUCACUGCCACUAGUCGCCAUUAUGUUGACAGACUGUUUGACCCCGACCCACAGAAAGUGCUGCAGGGAGUCAUUGACAUGAAGAAUGCUGUCAUAGGAAACAACAAGCAGAAGGCCAAUCUGAUCGUCCUUGGAGCUGUGCCAAGGUUAUUAUACCUGCUCCAGCAGAGCUCGUCCAGUCUGGAGCUACGGACAGAGUGUGCCGUGGUGCUGGGCAGCCUAGCCAUGGGCACCGAGAACAACAUCAAGUCCCUGGUGGACUGUCACAUCAUCCCUGCCCUUCUUCAAGGUCUCCUAUGUCCGGAACUGAUCUUCAUUGAAGCUUGUCUUCGAUGUCUCAGGACGGUCUUCAUCAGUCCAGUCACCCCUGUGCAGCUGCUCUAUACUGACCCCACUGUGAUUCCCCAUCUAAUGUCUCUCCUGAGCCACUCACAGAGAACCCAGGAGUACAUCACACAGAUCUUCUCCCACUGUUGUAAGACCCCAGAGCACCAGACGGUUCUUUUCAACCACGGCGCCAUCCAGAACAUUGCUCCUCUACUUAUCUCACCCUCUUAUAAGGUCCGGAUGCAGGCGUUAAAGUGUUUCUCAGUCCUGGCCUAUGAGAACACUCAGGUCUCCAUGACACUAGUUAAUGUGCUGGUGGAUGGUGAGCUGCUCUCUCAGGUAUUUGUUAGAAUGAUGCAAAGGGAUCAACCCAUUGACAUGCAGCUAACAGCAGCCAAAUGUCUAACGUACAUGUGUCGAGCGGGUGCCAUCAGGACAGACGACAGCUGCAUAGUCCUUAAGACCCUGCCAUGCCUCGUGCGGAUGUGCAGUAAAGAGCAUUUGCUUGAGGAGAGGGUGGAGGGUGCAGAGACGCUGGCCUACCUGAUGGAGCCUGACGUGGAGCUGCAGAGGAUUGCAAGCACCACCGACCACCUCGUGGCCAUGCUGGCCGACUACUUCAAAUACCCCAGCUCUGUGUCUGCCAUCACUGACAUCAAGAGGCUGGACCAUGACCUGAAGCAUGCACAUGAGCUGAGACAAGCUGCUUUCAAACUUUACGCCUCACUAGGCUCAAACGACGAGGACAUCCGCAAAAAGAUCACAGAGACAGAGAACAUGAUGGACAGGAUAGUCAGUGGCCUAUCAGAAUCCAGCAUUAAAGUCCGUUUGGCGGCCGUCAGGUGUCUUCACAGUCUUUCGCGGUCGGUGCAGCAGCUGAGGACCAGCUUCCAUGAUCACGCGGUGUGGAAACCCCUCAUGAAGCUGUUGCAGAACGCCCCAGAUGAAGUCCUGGUCAUGGCCUCCUCUACACUAUGCAAUCUACUGCUGGAGUUCUCACCCAGCAAAGAGCCCAUCUUGGAGUCGGGGGUGAUUGAAUUACUAUGCAGUCUGACCCAGAGUGACAGUCCUGCACUGAGGGUCAAUGGGAUCUGGGCCCUGAUGAACAUGGCGUUCCAGGCGGAUCAGAAGGUGAAGGUAGAGAUUGUUCGGUGUUUGGGUACCGAACAGUUGUUCCGCCUGCUAUCAGACCCCGACACCAAUGUGCUGAUGAAGACCCUCGGUUUGCUGCGCAAUCUGCUGUCAACACGCCCACACAUUGACCAGAUCAUGAGUUCUCAUGGGAAGCAGAUCAUGCAGGCAGUGACCCUCAUCCUGGAAGCAGAGCACAGUAUAGAGGUCAAAGAACAGACGCUGUGUAUCCUAGCCAACAUCGCCGACGGCAACACAGCCAAGGAACUCAUCAUGACCAAUGACGACAUGCUCCAGAAAAUCAAAUACUACAUGGGGCAUUCAAAUGUGAAACUGCAGCUCGCUGCCACCUUCUGCAUCUCAAACCUUAUCUGGAAUGAGGAGGACGGUAAGGGACACACACCACAAGUGGAAGGAGGAAUAGAGAAAGGGGCCAGGUUCAGAGAGGAGGAAAAGGGAUUUCAAGCAGUGGUGAACAGCGAUUGCGCCCAAAAAGGGUCUCAGGAGCGACAGGACAAGCUAAAGGAAAUGGGCUUUGUGGACAUCCUGCACAAACUCACCCAGGCCUCUGACCCCAACCUCAGUGACAGGGCGAAGACGGCGAUGCAGCAGUACCUAGCAUGACUACAGAGGGGAGAGAUCCCCUACUGCCAGCCCAACUAACAAUCGCCGGGAGGACACCUGCCAUUGGUUCUUUUGUUUCUUGCUUUGUUUGAUCUCGAAGCUUGUUUUGUUGCACAAAGACACCUUUUUUUGGACCUGUGGCCUCCCUUCACCUCCCACCCACCACCUCAACCCAGGCUCAGUGGUUUUGCUCCCUCCAAACCUGAUCCUGGAGACUCUGAGACCGUGGUUGGUGGGAAACCAACGGCUAGGAGGGGUUUUCUUUUUUUUUUUUUUUUUUUCAACAAUGAAGUGAAAUGUUUCCUUUUGGGACUUUGUGAUUUGAGAUUAGUGAUCUUUUUUGGAGUUAGCAGCCUGACACCAGCGCCACCUUGGUGCUUUUGGACUCCCGAUAGUGGAGAUUCUGGUCUCAGAGAACUUCGAGGUUUGACACAAGAGCAGGGCUGUUGGACAGUAAAGCUUCCCCGUUUUAUUGUUUUCAUUUUUAAUUAAUAUUACUGUUAAUAUUAAUGUUUCCUUAAGGCAUCGCAAACAAGGACACAUUUGGAAAAACAAGACUGCCUAUUUUGAAAUUUUGGGUGUUUUCUUUUUUUGUGGAUACAUACCUCGUAAAUAUAUAAAUAUAUAUAAAUAUAAACAUAAAUAUAUAUUUUUGGAAUCUUAUUUUCCCCUGACCCUCCGUUUGUUUUCAUUCAUUCUCUCUGAACCAUGCUUCUUGGCACAGUUGGGUGAAUCCACUGUAGUCUGAUUCAAGUAUGUUUCUGACUGAACAUGGUCUGUAGAGGUGAAUAAGGAAAAGAAUUCCCCUGAUUAUUUUUUUUCUUCACCGUUGUGGUUCUGCGUGCACUGGAGCCUCUUCUGUCCAAUAUCCUUAUAAUCCCAAUGGGAAAUGUAGUUCCAGAGUGCUUACUCUGACCUGCCCAGUUACUAAUUAACAGGCAUGAGUACACAGAAGACCAGAGAUAAGAGGAUGCAUGUAUCCUCACACCUCUAUUGAAUAAGACUUAAUCUGUUGCUGUUUCUGUUUUCUCUGCAGCCCCCCCCCCACCCCUUCUGUGUGUGUUUGUCAAAUAAAAUCUCCUGGGUUUCUUUCCUCUGGUGUGUUUUGAGAAGCGAGCAAGGACAGAGUAGAUGUCAGGAAUAAAGGAAGAACAAUUUGAGACUGGACCCUGGAGGGUAAGGCACUAAGUGCAUCCACAGCAGCAGAGUCAAGUACGACAUUGUGUUUCAUCCCUCUAUCAUAUAAUUUCUUCUCCCGUCAGGAUAUUUCUAGAGUGUUGUUCCCUGACAUUUCAAACCUUACUGAAACUCCGAUAGAAUGAAUGUUAACAUUGAAAAUAUAUGCAGACCUGAAGAAGGA